CUAGCUCACGCCCGUUAGCCAAUCCGGUUCCAAAUGUAAUGCAAACAACUAACCCGGUUCACCCGGGCCAUUAAUCCAAUUCCCCUCAGUGGGCUGAUAGUGGCAGGUGAUAAAUAGCCAAUUGUAGGUCAGAUCAAAGACCGCGUGAUCAUUGUUUUCCUCUGUUUUUUGUUGUUGUCAGUGGAUUAAAACUGUCGAGUCGAAUGACCCCAACACAUACCGAGAAGCUUGUUGUGAACCGUGUUUACAUGUUCGUUUGAUUUCGCUGUUACGAGAGUCAAUGAAUUCUUCAGAUUUCCACCAACCGUCAUCAAGAAACUGCUUCAUGAAGGAAUAAACAAAUGAAAGCUGCCUUCCGAGACCAAGAGGGAUGUCUCUGAGAUGUGUUCCAGAUUCUUGUGUGCUCAAAGUAAGCAGAGCAGCGAACUUCUGGCAUACACAAGGUCAACGAGCAGCAUCACUUCCAUUGUCUUCUCAACAACACCCUCCUUGUAGGUUUGAUGUCCGAGCAGGCCUGAGCCACAAAGUUGGCUUUCUCAGCUGGAAGUAUACCCACAGCACAAAAAGUAGAAUUCGCAAUAAGAUAUGGCUCUCCAGAGCUAGUCAGAUAAGACACAGGCUUGGCCUCCACACCAGUGUCUACUACUUAAAUACAUCCACCUCACGCUGGUCCACUGGUCUCAGCCACACCAUGUCGCGCUUCAGGAGCACCCUGGACUCCGUCUCCAAGGCGGUGAGCGGGUCACACGCUGAGCUCCUCUCCAAGAUAGCCCGGCUCAAAGCCAAACCCAAACAGAAGGCCAUUGAGGCUGGCAAAGUGUUGGAAGCCAACCCGGAGAUGGGGCUAACACCACAGGGUCAUGGUACUGUAGGGUACCCAGCUCUAACCCCAGCCCCAGCUCUAACCCCAGCCCCAGUUCCUGCCUAUACCUCCGCUAACACCACUGUUAAUGCUAAUGCACCUUCUCCAAUCCCUGCCUCGGUGUCUGCCCCUAGUCCUCCACCUACUACAGCCACUGCUUCUACACACACACCUACUCUAUCUCCAACACUUACACCUACUCCAUAUCUUACACCUGGCCCUACUCCUGGCAUUACCGCCAGCGCCCCUCCCAUUGCCACCCCUCGCCCCAACAUUGCCAGGGCAAAUGCUGCUGUCUCAGGCCCCAGUAUCCAGGAAGUCAGACAGAGGAGGGUGCAGCGUGCAGCCACAGCAUCCAUUGUCACAACCACUGUGGCCACCAACGGGACCACAAACGGGACCACCAAAAGGCUGGAGCAGGUCAGAUCACCACUACCAACAGAGAGUAGUGCACCUGAGAGAGCCACCACCACAGUCUCCCAACAGACCACAACACAACUCUUCCAUCCCAGCUCCUUCUCAGUUAACCUGGAUGAGACCUACAACUACCUGUCCCACCACGUGAACUCGUACUUCAGCAACAUAACAAAGUCUGAUGAGGAUAAAGAGCAUAACACAGACCGUGGUUCCACUGCUGCACCUGUAAGUUCCCCAUCUUCUAAAAAGGGUAUCGGCCGUUACCUAUCCUACUCUGGUGACACUGUACAGGCCUUUGUAGGGAGCUACAUUGCUCCCCUGGUCCCCAGGUUUAGCAGGGCAGCUGCUGAACCCAAGAGUGCUGCUGUAGAGCAGAAGAGGCUGAAGGCACAAGAGACAGGGGCAAAGCCAUGGCAAGGAGAGGUGGCGGUGAAUACGGAACAGAAGGCUGCUGAGGAGAGGGCCAAGAGACUGCUGCUCCAAAGAGAGAAGAUCAUAGCUAGGCUGAGCGUGGACAACCGGACCCGGUCCCUGGUGAAGGCGUUAAACCGAGCGUCUGAUGUCAGGGUCUACAUCAACAGAGUGGAGGAGCUCAGCUUUCAUCUACUGGAGUUUCCAGAGACCCGCGGGGUGGCUGUCAAGGAGAAGGCGAUCCCGUGCCUACUGCGUCUCCGCCAGGCUGAGGACCCGUCUCUGAAGGCAGCAGUCAGGGAGGCCCUCACGCUGGUGGGAUACACCAACCCUGUCAAGGGCCAGGGAAUCAGGGUCCUGUCCAUCGACGGAGGGGGAACCAGGGGACUGAUUGCCCUUCAGACUCUGCAGAAACUGGAAGCCCUGACGGGAAAACCCAUCUACCAACUGUUUGAUUACAUCUGUGGUGUCAGCACAGGUUCCAUCCUGGGCUUCAUGCUGGGUGUGUUCCAGAUCCCUCUAAAUGAGUGUGAGGUGCUCUACAGGAAGCUGGGUUCUGACGUCUUCAAGCAGAACGUCAUCGUGGGAACCGUCAAGAUGGGCUGGAGCCACGCCUUCUACAACUCCGAGACCUGGGAGAACAUUCUCAAAGAAAAAAUGGGCUCUGAUCUGAUGGUGGAAACAUCAAGAAACCCCAAAUGCCCAAAGAUAGCAGCAGUGAGUACCAUCGUGAACAGGGGCACUCCUCUGAAGGCCUAUGUGUUCAGGAACUAUAACCUUCAGCCAGGGGUGCGCUCCCACUACCUGGGGGGCUGUGAACACAAGCUGUGGCAGGCCAUCAGAGCGUCCUCCGCUGCCCCAGGGUACUUCCAGGAGUUUGCCCUGGGACACGACCUUCACCAGGAUGGAGGUCUCCUCAUCAACAACCCCACAGCGUUGGCCAUCCAUGAGUGUAAAUGCCUGUGGCCCAAUACGCCUGUCCAGUGUGUGGUGUCACUGGGUACGGGCCGCGUGGAGACAGCUGGCAAAAACAACACCACGUACACCAGCCUCAAGACCAAGCUCACCAACGUCAUCAGCUCUGCCACUGACACAGAGGAAGUCCACAUCAUGCUCGAUGCCCUCCUUCCACCCGACUCGUACUUCCGCUUCAACCCUUAUAUAAACGAGGACAUCGCCCUGGAUGAGAGCCGUGGUGAGAAGCUGAACCUGCUGCAGGCCGAGGGCCUGCGCUAUCUGGACCGGAACCAGGAGAAGCUGCAGAAAGCUGCCCGGAUACUCACCAGGGACAAGACCACCGUCCAGAGGCUGACUGAGUGGGCCAAGCUCAAACGUGACAUGUACGAUGGUAUUCCCAUCUUCAACUCCAAGCUGUAGGGGAGUAGGUCCCAGGCUCCACCACCACACAACACUAACUUCACCUAAAACUGGACUCUCUCCUAACACUGAAUCCAUACAUAGAGUAAUAGAAUGUAUAUGUUAGUCUCUGUGGUUGUAGACGGUGUAUUUUAAAUUGGUAGAAUACGUUUGCUGUUGUGUUUUUACUGCACCCAUUCAUGUGUUACUGCACCCAUUUACGUAUUACUGCACCCAUUUACGUAUUACUGCACCCAUUUACGUAUUACUGCACCCAUUUGUCAGUGACUGUUUGCAUGCUCUGGCAGCACUUGGAGGGGAGGGUGAGAGAGAGUGGGGUCUGGCAACACUUGGAGGGGGAGAGAGGGAGGUCUGGCAACACUUGGAGGGGGAGAGAGGGGUCUGGCAACACUUGGAGGGUGAGAGAGGGGUCUGGCAACACUUGGAGGGUGAGAGAGAGGGGUCUGGCAACACUUGGAGGGUGAGAGAGAGGGGUCUGGCAACACUUGGAGGGUGAGAGAGAGGGGUCUGGCAACACUUGGAGGGUGAGAGAGAGGGGUCUGGCAACACUUGGAGGGUGAGAGAGAGGGGUCUGGCAACACUUGGAGGGGAGAGAGGGGUCUGGCAACACUUGGAGGGGAGGGAGAGAGGGGUCUGGCAACACUUGGAGGGGAGGGUGAGAGAGGGGGUCUGGCAACACUUGGAGGGGAGGGGGAGAGAGAGAGGUCUGGCAACACUUGGAGGGGAGGGGGAGAGAGAGAGCGGUCUGGCAACACUUGGAGGGGAGGGGGAGAGAGAGCGGUCUGGCAACACUUGGAGGGGAGGGGGAGAGAGAGCGGUCUGGCAACAUCACCAACAUAAUGUUGCUUAUUAUCAUACUCUGUAAGCCAGAGUAGAUAACUUACCAAUAGCCCACUAAUAUAUCUAUAUAAGGCUCUGGUUAGAAGUAGUGCAUUAUGUAGGAGAUGAGGUGCCAUUUGGAACAUAACUGUGGACUGACUGUUCUCCAAUGAAGCACUUUUUCACCUUUUAAAAAGAUCACAACCAUGUAUAUCCUGACACUGUAUAAUAGAUAUAUCUGGGAUAUAUUUUGGAUUUAAAUCGUUUGUAGUUUGUUUUAACUUUGACUUGAACCGAAUCUGCCACCAAUAACUGAAUUUUAAAGGUUAGGACCAUAAACAAACAUAUACCAUUUUUUUUGGGGGGGGGGGAAUAAUAACCAUCUUGUCAUGUUCAAUGGUUGGUUAUCAAUGUUUUACUUGAAUGUAUGCCUCAGAGAUAGAAUAAUGGCUGGUCACUUGACAUUUCUGUUCCUUGUACUUUUUAACACCAAUGCAGCUAGUGGUCCUUCAUUUGAUUGUUUUAAUGUUGACGGUGAUAUUGGUACAUUCAUCAGGGUGCAGAUGUUUUGACAUAUACUGUAUAAAUCGUUCAUAAAAAAAUGUACCAAUGUAUUUAGAGGAAGAUGUUAGCCACUGACCUGGUUAGUUCACACAUACAGCUGCUUUAGAUCACAGAGUAGAGUCCUAAUCAGGAUCCAUGGCUGUAAGAUGCAAAAUGUUCACUCCUCACUUGUUUGAUUUUAAGAAGGCGUUACGGAACAAUGACUUGACUGUUGUAUUAUUAUUAUUAAAUUGUAGCUAUAGUUUGAAAUGCAUUAAGAUUUAAAAUGCUCCUGAAUGAAGUCUUCUGCCUCUGUGUUAUUUAAAUCCAUGCUGAUUUUAUUUUAUUUUUUAGCUUAGUCAUUUGUAUCCUUCUAUAAUUGAUUAGCAUGAGCGAUGCUGAUGUUCUGCAUCCACUAAUAACAGGUUGUGAACACUUUCCUUUCUCCAAUUUGCUGUUUUCCAGACAUGGGUUCAAGUACUAUUUGGCAGACACUUGAAGAAAUUGAACGGGAUCUUCAGCUCAUACAAAUUAAUUAUUUUACGAAUUGGCUUUCGUUACAUAUUCUAUGAAACGGGUGCCGUUGUUGUACACGCGAGCGCUACUUUCAAAACUAAUGGCUGAAAUUACACAAAACCUGGUAUAACGCUUUUUAAUUUUUUUAUUUAAAGCUGUGCUUGAUUCAGUUUGCAUGGCACAAUAGAACCAAUAGGAUAGUCCCAAAAUGGCAAACCCCGCCCACCCGCACUCCAGGAAGGCUAAAGCAAAUGCUCACCGUAUUUGAAAGAUUUCCAAUAGUAUUUGAACCCAGGUCUGUUAUCUCCAUCCCAGCUACCCUGAAGUGCUGUUUCCCCUGUGCUAUGCUAGCGUCUGCCAUGUUAUUAUUACUGCUAGUUUGAAUCAUGCCGGUGUAGCAGAGGGACUGUACUAUUAUUGACUGCUGCUUACUGCACUGAUACUGUUGCUCGGGAACUGUUACAGUAGUGCCUGUGGCAAGUGAACGAUGAUGACAUAGCUUAAAGAUCUUACACAGCAUAGACUCAUUUCAACUGUCAAACCUGAGUCCCGUAUUCAUCAAGCAUCUCAGAUUAGGAGUGCUGGUCUAGGAUCAGGUCCUCUCUCCAGAUUAAUCUAAUUCAUUACGGUCAAAAAAGUCAAACGCUGAUCAGUAGUCUAUAGUUCCCUACCAAGCAAGAAGGCAGUAAAUGAGUUAGUCAUCUUUGCUAUGUUAAAUACGUGCUUAACGAUGUGGACAAGUAUCCUGUUUGUGUUUUGGAGGAAAUGGGGGGUCAUGUUAGCAGUAACUUCAUAAAGUUACUGUGAAACCAAGGUAAAUUAAAGCCCUUUUUCUCAGUUCCAAUCUAUGAGCAGUUACGGCCUUUUUUGCUUGGUAGGGCAGUGUGCUACUCUGAGAUGUUUUAAAUAGGGUCCCAGGUUGAUGACUGUGUAGUCAGAAUGAUGUCUUCGGUCCCUCCGGAGUGAUGAAGACAAGAUGGACAGAGAUAUUGACUUGAUUUGUUUUAAAUACCGUUCUCCUAUUGAUCCCAUGUAAGCAGUGUGUGUGUUGAACAUGUUGUGUAAUUAAAAUGCAUCACUGAAACACUCUGA